AUGGAUCGGAGCAGAAACACUAUCGCUAACCAAUAUUAUUACACAGCCUUUUUUCGGUUGGAAAAGAUUCGUGUUCUUUCUGUCAGUGACAAUGAACUUACGAGAAUACCUCCUGGUAUCGGGAACUUUUCGUCUCUUGUUGAACUCGAUAUAAGUCGAAAUGACAUUAGCGAACUCCCUCCAAGCCUACGUUUUUGCGAUUCGCUCCAGGUUCUUGAUGCAAGCAACAACUCGCUGAAAACUCUGCCUGACGGUUUCUCUCAGCUUCGUAAUCUUAGAGUCCUCAACUUGAACGAUGUAUCAUUAUUUGAGUUACCAGCUGGCUUCGGGGCGUUGAAGAAAUUGCAAAAACUGGAGCUCCGCGACAACUGUUUGAACAGCCUCCCAAGCACAUUUGGGGAGCUCACGAAUCUGGAGUUUCUGGAUCUUGGCGGAAAUGACCUCGUUACUGUGCCGCCAUCUAUUGGUGCAUUACAAAGUCUCGUUGAACUUUGGCUUGACGACAAUCAAAUGACCUCGCUUCCCGAUGAAAUCGGCAACCUCCACGCACUUCAGCAAAUGGACCUUUCCGAAAACCAACUGACUUCACUCCCAAGCACAAUCGCCGGUCUGACCUCUCUCUCCGACCUCAAUCUCACUCAAAACUUCCUCGACUGCCUUCCUGAGGAAAUCAGCCAGCUCAGCAAUCUGACUGUCUUCAAGUUGAAUCGCAACCAACUCGUCGAUUUGACGCCGGGCAUUGGAAAGUGUCAAAAUCUGCUGGAGUUUUACUUGACGGAAAACUAUCUUACGAGCCUGCCAAACACGAUCGGGAAUUUGACCAAAAUGUUUCAUUUCAACGUAACCAAAAAUCAGCUCUCCGAGUUGCCGGCAGAGAUCGGGAAGUGUGUAUCGCUUCAAAUCCUCUCCAUUCGUGACAACAACCUCCGUCGAAUACCCUCAGAAAUCGGCAACUGCACUCAACUCCACGUGCUCGACCUGGCUGGAAAUCGGCUCGAUCGGCUACCCGUGUCCCUGGCGUCGUGCCCGCUGAAGGCGCUCUGGUUGGUACAGAGCCAGGCGCAGCCGAUCUCACUGCAACGCGCGGUUGACGAGACGUCCGGCGAGGAGUACCUCACGUGCUACCUCCUUCCACAAGAAGCCGAAGACAAAGACGCCUCGCGCAACGGCGUGGCCACCAGCUUGUCCAGUCCUGGUGCAACCUCCAAACAAUUCAAGAAGGAUUUGGAAUCAACCAACGGCACCCUCCUUCCCACACAGAUCCCCUCCGGCUCAUCGUCCAUUGUCAAUCUCGAUGACUCUGCGGCCGCAGACAGAGAGGCCGAAGUUGAAGACGAGGAAGAGGAGGAAAAAGAGGGUGGUGAUUCUCGAACAUCUGGGUCCACUCGCGUUCGAUUCACGCCGGAAGGCGGUGCCAAAACCAGCAGCGAUGUGACCCGUGAGUACCCGAAGACGCGGCAUCCGAUGCACCUGAAGAAGUCCCCAGACGGCGGCGAUGUUGCACCCAAGGCGGCAGCGGCGGCAGCGAACCUCGUGUCCGGCAUCACCGAACGUUGUGACCUGCUGAAUCUGCCAUCUGGAGCCUCAAAUGCUCCAAACGGCUUCACGACAACUUCAUUUUUGGGCGAAACGCGAAAUGUCAUUGAUGACGUCGCGUUAAGACGUGGAGCGGACGGUCCUGGCGUUUUAUUCACGGACCAGGGCCCUUGGACAAACAGAUUUUGUUGGACGAAGGCAUCUGAGCGAUUGAACCGCAACCGCGGUUUCAAUUUCCGAUGGAUAUUUCGUCCACACGAGCACUCAGUGGACGUGAAGUGGCCAGUUGAGUCGACUUGUGAAUUGACCUUUUUCAUGGUAGUAGUCGACCAACGUGACCUCAAGCCACGCGCGCGUGAUUGGUUAGGUGAACGCACAAUCUCGUCUGGUGGUAGCUUUCUCGGCGUUGCCAACUCGUGUCAGGCCAACCACGUUCCCUCACUUCCCAGUGCCGUUCUUGAUUUACAGACGAACAGCAAUGAGCAAAACGGUUCCCGCAAUCAACCAUGGAGGUUCCCUACGUCGACAGCACCAGCUGUGAGGCGACCUUCGGACGCCCAGGGCGACAUCUCGCUGCCGAUCUACCUGCACAAACCGGACGAAAUGAAGCGUCUCGAACCCAGCGCCGUCUCGGACAGUCCGCGUUUUUACACCCACGGCACCAACGCCCAUGCCUCGAACCGUGUUGAAGUCGUCAGCGACUACCUUGGAAACGGAAGCUCCGAUCUCGCCUCACCCGUGUCGUCUGGCAGCUCCGGCGGCAUUGACGAUCUCCUCUCCGCCAACGUCCGACCUCCCGUCCCCCACGACGACGACGGCGCGUCGCCAAGCCGACAAAGUCGUUCAGCUGGCGGUGGUGGUGCUAGUGUUGCUUUCGCCGACGUUUCCACGCCAAAGGGCGUCGUUAAUCAGCGAGAUGAGGAGGAACAAGCCUACAGCAGUGGCGGGGAGGAGAUCGAUACGAUUACGAAAUCCGUAGUCUUCAGUAACGAGGUGAUCGACAAUGAGGACCACUCGAAUCAGAAGUUAAUACGUCGUGACACCCCGCACUACACAAAACGGGCUCGCAUCCACAGUAAGAAUUCCGAUGGUACGCGUCCAGUUUGCCUUGAAAGGGCGUGUUUGAUCUCCUCAGUUGCCUCCAGGGUCUACGUUUCAUUGCAUUUUUUUGGUUUUAUUGCAGUAAAUAACGAAGAGGCGGUGCUGAAACUGUUGAAGAAGUACCACGACCCGCUGGUGGCGGACUUUUUUGCCGACAGUUCGAAUACGGAGAACGCUAAGGUACUACUUUUCACCUACGCCGCAUUACUUGCACCACAGCCACCAAAAAUCUUUUUCAGACCAAUUGGGACGAUUUUUGAUUGUCUCGUGUUUACGAAAACAAUCUUACCACGUGUCUAUCACUCUUCCUCUAUCAUAAUCGCGGCUAUUAUAAUGUGUGAUGAUGAACAAAAGCAUCUUUCUUCGUUGUGUGCGCGUUCAAUUCGGCCAGACAUCACGACAAGCCUUUUCAGACAGUUCGUGCUAGUUACGCCUCUUUUAUCCAUCGUGUUCCGCUUGCAGUCCGGCAACUCGCUGCUGAUGGUGGCAGCAGCAGCAGCCGCCGCCGCCGCCACGAACUCCGGUGGGUCUGCCUCGCCGGACUCGCAGACGUCUGCGUCCACGUCGGCGCCCAAGUCCGAGCAGGUGACGCUUCACAUAACCCUCGAGCGGGCACCGGGUGGCGGUCUAGGCUUGAGCAUCGCCGGUGGCGUUGGUUCGGUGCCUUUCCGCGGCCUCGAUCAGGGCAUUUUUGUCAGCCGCCUUGCCCCCGGUGGACUGGCCGAGACCUCCGGUCUAAAAGUUGGUGACAAACUCCUCGAAGUGAAUGGCGUGAGCAUGGUUAACGUGGAGCAUCAGGUGGCGGUGAGCGCUCUGCGGACAAACGCCACACGCUUCAAGCUGCUUUUGAGCCGUGAGGUGCCCGUUCUCACACAGGUCGCACCAGCUGACGCUGCCCUUCCGCUAACCUCAAGCACUCUGCCACCUCUUGCUCCUCCUCCUCCGCCGUCGUCGUCCACCCAGCCCGGUCACGCUCUGAUCAAAUGCAGCCUGCAUCGCGACUGGAGCGGUCUGGGCUUCAGCGUGGCCGGUGGUCGUGGCCUCCUCGGUCCCCAGAGUGACACCGCGGUCGAGCACUUGGGCAGCUCAGCAUUUAAUGUCUGUUUCCCUGUGUCGAAUUCAGCCCCAUCUAAACUUCCUCGAGGUAAGGCGAUAACCCGCAUCACCGCCCACCCGCACAAAUUUGAUCACUGUUUAAUCGCUGUGCCAAAACCGAUCUCUCACCCCUCUUCGUUGUGCUCCUUGAUCGGUCUCCCUCCCUCCGUCCCCCCCCCCGCCAACUUGUUGUUGUACCUGUCCCCCCUCCCCGCUUCUUUUACCUCGUUCCGCCGGGUUGCGCGCUCGCUCGCGCUCUCGUUAAUCCUGGCUUCGUUUUCUGCACCACCCAACUCCUGUGACUCACUCGUCUUUCUUUCUUGUCCGCUUAGACCAUCUACAUCAGUAGAAUUGUCGAGGGCGGGGCGGCCGACAAGUCGGGCAAACUGCGUGUUGGCGACCAGUUAUUCAAGUAAGACCACUUCGUGUCCAAUAAACGGAGUCGACGUGCGGAACGCCCGCCACGAUCAGGUUAUAACACUGCUGACGGGCGCAGGAUCCAACGUGGAACUCGAGGUGCUACGGAAACUGCCCGCCUCGCACAACGGUGGGUCGUUGUUGUCUCUCAACCCCGGAGCGACUCGCUUCCGCCCCCAACCCCCCGUGUCCGAUUACGGUCCUCAGUUUUUGCGCAAGGAGGACGGCCUGGAGGUGUACCGCCUCACACUGAGGUACAAGCCAGGCAGGAGCAUGGGCUUCGCCAUCUGUGGAGGUUCCGACGCCUCUUCGCUUCCAUUCGGAGCAGACAAACCCGGCGUUUUUGUUUGUCGUGUUCAGGAGAACGGCGAGGCGAAGCAGGCAGGUCUUCGUUUGGGCGAUCGUCUCCUCAGCGUCAACGGCAGAGACCUUCGUCGGGUGACUCACGACGAGGCCGUCAGCGCUCUCAUGCCGUCUGGUGUUGCCGAGGAGUCCCUCAUCCUAGAGGUUCGCCGUGAUCCUCUUCCGUGUGGUCUGCGGGAGAUGUCGAUUCCCUGUCGCUCUGAUGAGCCCCUAGGCCUCACCCUCCUCAGCGUUCGGUCGCCCACUCCUCCGCCUGCUCAGUCCCCUCCACCCAACCACGGGAGCCUCGAGGAAGGCGUCUUCGUGAGCCAAAUUUCGCCGGACGGUCAGAUUGCCAAAGACGGGCGUCUCAAGCCGGGCGACCGCCUCCUCGUCGCCAACUCCGAUUGGCUGAUGAGUCUCGAGCCCCACGACGUCGCGGAGGUCGUCCAGCCCCACGAGGGGACCUUGCGACUAACCGUCUGUGAUGGCAUCGAUCCUGCCCUCUCCAUCCACCAGCAGCCCGCCUACACCACCCUCACCUGUCACAUGAUCGACUGCGAUGGCAAGUCAGAGGAGCGCGUCAAACCGUUCAAGGUGCGCCAGUGCCUUCUAUCCAUGCUAACUCCUCCAAUGUGGUUAGCGCUUCCACACCGUCGUCCAACAGUCCACACCACCCCUGUCUUUCAUCACCCUCCCUCUCAAAUCCGUAAGUUUGCAACCCUGCUCGCGAUUCAGCGUACAUUUUACGAUGAAAUGGUGGAUUGCGUGCAUCCCCUGAUUGAGCGAUCAUCCGGCAAGGGUUUGCGUCGCCUUGUCAUCCAGCAGAGCGUUCCUUCCGUGGAAGUUCACGAUGUGCCCGAUACCGCCACCGCCAGUGGACAUCCUUGCGUCACGGUCGAGCCUGUAGUGUCGUCAACGCCUAGCCAGUUCGAUUCAGCCCGUGUUUCGAAUGUAGGCUUGGAUGGCCACCUGCUUGUGACUGCGUCUGAAGUUGGCGAAGAUCAAUCCGUACUGCGGUGUGUGACGAGUUCUCUAGGCCCACCCACGGUAGCCGCGACCCCGUCUACGUUCAGUUCGGACUGUGAGGUUGUUCAAUGGCAACUUGUCCCAGCACCAACACCGCCACAACCCGCUCCUGCACCCGUUCUGGUCGAUCCCGACAACAUGGAAGUCGACGUCCAGCACCCACCUUGUGUGUCGCCCAGGGAAUCCGAUGACACAGAACUCGACAGUAUCGUGUCCGCCAACAAACCCGCCUCAUCGACGACCACCAAACCGAAGAAGCGUAUUGCCAUGGGCCUCCUUGAACGCAUUCGGCGUUGGCAGGCGGACAGGGAUCGCGCCGAAGGUGUGGACCGUCCGCCACCCCUGAGACCUCCGCGAUUUCCAGUCCGCGCCCGCACGAUAGGCAGCGAUAUUAGCGAUUUCAGCAUCACCCCAUCCGAACAACCUCUGCAUCCGCAUGUCAUGGAGAGUGAGCACGCCUCAAUCACCCCCUCCUCGUCAGACUCAAUAAUUAACCAUAUGCUGGGUAAUCUAACUCGACAAGAACCAACUCCAGACGGUCGAGUCUCUGGAAAUAGACCCUCAACUUUGGUUGAAAGCACCGAAGACGAGGACAUUGAUGAGGAUUUUGCGGGCGAAUCGGAUGAUUCUGAGAAGGAGGUGGCAGUCUUUGCUCAGUUCAUCGAGUUACAAAGAAGUCCGACGCUGUGUGGAGCUCCUGUCUGCAGUGUUCCAACCGACUUUUGUGGCUGGAACCGAAAAUCCGGUGGUCAGACCCUUCCAAAUGACUGUAGACACAACGACCAAGCACCGCGCAAGUCCACCGACCACGACUCGCGGUUCUCGCUUGAAAAUCCCGAACCCAAGGUAUCCCGAGUUGCCGUGUUCUGGAGAGUUUCGUGUUCUGUUUUUGUUUGA